UAGGCGGUUUGUUCAUAUAGCAGCAGUUAUCUUACUCUUUUGAUAACUGCCAACCGCCUAAGGCUUAAUUCAUGUAGUAUUCGUGCGCGGUGUACGAGAUCACAAUGUUAACGUUUAAGUUGUCUAGUGUUUUAAAAACGCAAUUAAGUAAGGCGCAUUACUCGACUAAAGUGUCGGGUCAGCUUAGUGACAUCAAUGUUCUGGAUUUGACGCGCAUAAUCGCCGGCCCUUUUUGCACUAUGGCCUUGGGAGACCUCGGUGCCAAUGUGAUCAAAGUUGAGAGUUUUGAUGGGGAUGAAGCCAGGAAGUGGGGACCACCCUUUAUUGGCAAAAAAGAUUCUGUAUAUUACAUGAGUGUGAACAGAAACAAGAAGAGCAUCUGCAUUGAUUUUAAGUCUCAGGAAGGAAAAAAAGUGAUGUAUGAUCUAGCCAGGAAAUGUGACGUGUUAGUAGAAAACUUCAUACCCGGUAAACUGGACCAGAUGGACGUUGGCUACGAGAAGCUGAAACAAAUCAACCCCAGGCUGAUAUACUGUGCUAUCACAGGGUUCGGGCCCACUGGUCCUUAUGCAAGCAAACCUGGGUAUGAUGUCAUAGCCUCUGCAAUGGGUGGGCUAGUCAAUGUCACUGGUGAAAAAGAUGGAAACCCAGUCAAACCUGGAGUAGCCAUGACGGACGUGACCACCGGCCUCCACGCCUACGGCGCCAUCAUGACCGCGCUCUACUACAGGCAGAAGACCAACCGCGGGCAGAAGAUAGACUGCAACCUGCUAUCUACACAGAUAGCUAGCAUGAUCAACGUCGCCACCAUAUACCUCAAUUGCGGUAUCGAAGGCCAGAGGUGGGGCACGGCACACGCCAACCUAGUCCCCUACCAAGCGUUCAAUACCAAAGAUGGACAGAUGGUUAUUGGCACAGGCUCCAACGCACAGUUUGCUGACUUCUGCAAAUUGAUCAACAAAGAAGAGUUGGUCAAUGAUGAACGCUUCACGGACAACUCAUUGCGAGUAACAAAUAGAGAAGUCCUAAUUCAAAUUAUAAGCGAUGUCAUAAAGACGAAAACUAGUAAAGAGUGGUCGAAAAUUUUCAGUAAAGCUACGUUUCCUAAUGGGCCUGUGAAUAAGAUGAAAGAUGUUUUCGAAGAUGAACACGUGAAAGCGAUAGGGCUGGUCAAGGAGUUGCCUCAUCCUGAUGCGGGAACGAUCAAGUUGGUGGGACCUUCAACUGUUUACAGCGAAGGGGGCAACUACGUGAGGACCGCGCCGCCCUCGUUAGGGCAACACACUAGAGAUGUCCUAAAGAACUUCCUAGGGUACCAUGAUAGUAAAAUCGAUGGGCUGUUUGAAAAUAAGGUUGUUCGGUAAUGGUCCAAAUACCCCUUAGUGCAAGAGGCGGGACAGGGCGUGGCGGUGAUCACGCUGCGGCCGGCGCGCGCGCAGCCUCGCAAGAAGGUGGUCUGGACGGAGGACACCGUCGACAAUGAGCACAUGAACAAGAAGAAGUCCAAGUGUUGCUGCAUAUACGAGAAGCCCCGUCGCUUCGGGGAGUCGGACUCUGAAGACAGCGAUGACGAGUGCGAGCACUGCUUCGGGCACGUGGAGAAGCGCCACGCGAAGCAUCAGCAGCACGCACAAGCCACCGCCACCGCCACCACCACAACCACAGACACGCAGGAUGGACCAGCGGAAGCGACGGCGUCGAUCACGCUGAAGCCGAGCAGCCCUGAGCCUGCGCCCGCGCCGCCUGCCCGGCCCGCGCCCUAGGCUACUGACAAGUUACAACCCUCGCCCAGCGGAGCUAUAGUCUGGUCCGUGAGCACGUAGAAUUUUGUCCAAUGACCCCUAGCUACCCAUCCUUAUCGCUCGCGCGUAAUUAUGUUGCUAUCGUGCUCGCACACUCACUGCGGGUGCCAGUCGCACAGUCGCGACAGCAAUAUAAUUACGCGCGAGCGAUAAGGAUGGGUAGCUAGGGGUCAUUGGACAAAAUUCUACGUGCUUACGGACCGGGCUUUACUCCGAAACGCUAUCGACGUAGUUUCGAGUCUAUCUGUCGCCGCCGCUCAUGCUGGCAUCUCGUUUGCGUGAGAGGGAUGCCAACAUUUGAAACUUUGGAUAACGUUUUUCGGAGUAACUCCGCACUCCGUUGACAAGCCACGCCCCAAUGGUACGUUAAGGAAUAUUCCAUUUUGUACACUUAAGUAAUGUUAUUCCGAGGACAUCCUUAUCACCAUUCAUUGUUAAACUGCCCGGCACGGAUUUUAUAGCAAACUAAGGCCCGGUUUCCGCCAAGACAGAGCAGAGCGGAGAAAUAUUUUUAUAAUAUUUCAGUCUGUCAAUUUCAAUCUGAAUGAAAUCUGAUUGGUUAUUCAAAAUAUUUCUCCGCUCCGCUCCGCCUUGAUGGAAAACGUUCCUAAGUUACUGUAGCAAAGCGACUGCAACGCCAACCAAUGACAGCGUCACGUUUAAUUACAGAUGGCGUUAGUUUCCACACAUUGGCGCAGUUGUGUUGCAAAUGUUGCAAUCUUAUAUUUAGGUUAGGUCGUUAGGACCUACGAAUGUGAAUUCAUUGACUUCCAAAGCGACUGGUUGCAUAUGGCCUGCGUGCAGCUUUUUAUUAAGGCCGGCAAUACACGGACCGCUUGAAGCAGUCAGGAUCAGUUGCAACUGCUCGAGCGGUUCGUGUAUGUGCGUCCAUAGAACUCUGCAGUUCACUGUGCAGUCGCAGCUUGAAGCUGUCGACCCUGACUGCUUCAAGCGGUCCGUGUAUUGCCGCUCUAAGUCGUCUGUCUAGCGUUAUGACAGCGUUAUGACAUUGGUCAACCAAUCAACACGCUUUAACAAGUUAUUGUUAUUCCUUGCUGAAUUCAGAAGCGAGAACAAAUUCUACAAGAUACUGUUGAUAUAAUAUGUGUACUGUAUUAUGUUGUCAUUGUCCAAAUAAGAUAAAGAAACGUAUUUGCAUAGCAGCAAAAAAAAAUCCUAUUAAAAUUUGAAAUUCUUUAAAUAAUAUUUCAGAUCAAAUCACUGCGUCUUGAAACAAGUUUUCUUUUACCAACAAGUUUUGAAAAAAGUCACAAAGGGAAUGACUAUUAGAAUAGUGUCCUUUCUCACAUUUUAGUUAAAAUGGAAAUAGUGGUCCUACAUUGAAGACUUAUUGAUUAUUUAUAAGAUGUCUUUUAAGUUUCAAUUGUCAAACUGGUAAAGGUUUCCACAAUUUUAUUACUUAACUGUAUUUAACUAUUGAAGAUAAAAUAGAAAUUAUAACAGUAAGAUCGUGCUAUUUAUACUUAUACAGGGUGUUAGGUAAAUGGGUAUAUGAGCCGACACUAGCCCAUGUUAACACGGGCAUAUAAAUGGUAUGGUGAAGUCAGAAAUUUGAUAUCAUCAUUUUAUUUUUUUAAAUUUUCAUACAAAAUAAAUUGUAUAAAAUCCAUUUGUAUGAAAAUUAAAAUAAUUAAAAUGAAGAUAUCAAUUUUCUGAUUUCACCAUACCAUUUAUAUGGCCAUGUUAACAUGGGCUAGUGUCGGCUCAUAUACCCAUUUACCUAACACCCUGUACAUUUAGCCCUACAAAAACAUACUCUACGUAGUAAAAACCAUAUAUUUCGAAUAUAAGAUUCUGUAAGCAAUAUAAACGAUUAACUAUAUGGCCAAUAACUUACAAUUCUUUAGGCGUUUAGUGCUAGAACUUGUUAUUUAGAUCCGAACUUUUUAUUUAAAUAAGUUAUGUGUAAAAGAGAAGAGUGAUGACCAUUUUGUGGCCUUGGUUAUAUGAUAGAGUAAAUGUAUUCUAUAUUGAUAGGAAGAAAGUCAGUUAUUCAUCUAUCAUUUGUUCCACUUUUGGCCGAAAGUUUGGCGGCAUAUAACACGUAAAUAAAAUUGAGAAAUUGAAAUGUAUCAUGUAUUUUCAUUAGUAAAUGUACUAAAGACAAUAUCCUAAGUUUUACUUAUGCUUGCACGAUUUUUAAGUGUGUAAAUUAAUUUAUUUUCUUUAUUUUACAUUAUGUGUAAGUAAUUUGUAGUUAAUAAUUAUAAUUAAAAGUAUCCAUUUGUAUAAA